AUGGCGGGCUCAGCCUCUCCCAUUCUACAGCAUCCUCCCCCACCCGUCGUCAUCCUCUCGACGACCCCGCCAGAUGAACCCCCGCCGCCGUAUCCCUCGCGCGAGCGCAGACAGCGCACUGUACGCUCAGGUCGAAGACGACGAACGAUCUCGAAUGGCCAGACUCUGCCAGAUGGUUACUCGGAUUAUGACCUCGCUUCGCCUUUCCUCAGCGUCGAGGUCGAGCGUGUACCUCAUCACGAGGUGACCGAGAACACCCCGCUGCUUGCAGGCGCAAACCCCCGGCUGCCCGUGGGUGGAAUCACUCGCCGCCAGCGCACCCUCUCGUUGUCGAGUACCGUGCACUCCGCCACGUCGUUUUCCCCGUCGCUUGCGCAGACCUUCAUCUCCGCGUUUCGCCCUGAUCGGGACUGCGACCUCGAUCCCGAAGAGGCGACACUUGACUCAGACUCGGACGAUGCUCUCGACUCGCCGACGCCCCGAGCGGUGCCAGAGGAGCAGCAGAGGCUGCGGCGCGGACGUUGGGCGAGGUACUUCCGGCCCUUGACGAUGAAGGCGUACUACUCUGCGCUCUUCCACCUGCUCUUCCUCAACUUUCCCUAUGCCCUGGUCGCCUGGAUCUUUCUCUUCGUUUUCACGCUGACAGGCACGACGACCCUCAUGGCUCUUCCGGUCGGCGCGGUGCUCUGCUUCCUCGACCUUAUCGGGGCACGCGCCUUCGCACGGGGCGAGCUCCACCUCCAGUCGACGUUCCACCACCCGCUCUCCUUCCCCAUCCCGGACCCGCCGCCGCCGAUAUUCACCCGCACGCGCCUCCCGACGCCCGCAGAGAUCGAGAGCGGCGCCGCGGUGCGGCCGCAGGCGGAGCACUCCUUCUACAGGAACGCGUACGCGCUCUUCACGGAUUCGACGUCGUACAUGCCGCUCUUCUACUUCCUCGUCCUCAAGCCGCCGCUCACCGUGCUGCUAUCUCUGUUCCUCGUGUGCAUCGUGCCGCUGUCGUUCGCACUCGUGUUCCCCGCGCCUGCGAUGCUGAGGCUUGUGCGAAGGCUCGGCCUGUGGCAGGCGAACGUCGCCGUCGAGGGGCUCUGCUACCCAAGUGUCCGGUGACACAGUUUUUUCUUUUUCUUUUACCACUCACUCGAAGCGUACAAUAUUACCUUCGCAUAUUGGAGGCUUGCUCUGUCGGAAGGGUUGAAGAUCCCUACGUGACGCAGGGCGACUAGCGUGUUGUAUAGUCUAAAAGUCUACACUGUUACUGUAUUUCUAGGAUACAUUUCCACUAUCUCAGAUCCCUGCCAUUUCAGGGCAUCUCCUCUUAAG